AUGACAUCAAUUAUAUUUGCAAGUCUCUUUGUAAUCGUCAUUAUUCUGCUUUAUAUCUAUUUGAAACGAAGUUACUCUACAUCGUCAGAUGAUCUACCAGGAGUGAAACCACAUAUUUUUUUUGGUAAUUUAAUUAAUUCCGGUAUAUUGACCGGUGAAUCAGCGUUUCAUGAAGUCAUGCUCGAUUAUCAACGUCGUUUUGGUGACAAAUUUCAAUAUUGGUUCGGUUCACAUCGAUGUUUAGUUUUCUGUCGAAUGGAACAUGCUCAAAUGAUAUUUGACGAUCGUCAUACUUUCGAACAAUCGCCGUUAUUUCUUCCGAACUUCGAUCUUCUUUGUCCAAAUGCUAUUACAAUGUUGACUGGCGCCAAAUGGAAACGACAUAUACGAGUUUUGUCACCGAUGUUCAAACGAGCAAAGAUUAUCGGCCGUUUGGAGACUAUUGUUGAAUGUGCUGAUCGUUUUAUUGAUCGAAAUCUUCAUUCUGACCAAGUUCAUCGAAAUUUGAUCCCCAGUUGUCAAUCAUUUACAAUCAAUGUCAUUGGAUUCAUCGGUUUUGACCACGAUUUUGAUAUUCAUGUUAAUUCACCAAUAAAAAAAGCUUUUGAAGAUUUUAUGUACCAUGCCGUAUUGCUUAUGAUGACACCUUGGGUGCCUCGAUGGCUAGGCAAAAUCUAUUUGAAAUGUAAUUGGAAAUAUCGGCGAGCUUAUCGACUGAUUCAUGAAUUUGCCGAAAAACUUGUUGAAGAAGAACAAAACAAACAAAGUGACAUGAAAAAUGAACGACCAAAGCAUGUGAUUGCUUCAUUGGUCUCAUCAUUGAACGAACAAGCCAACGACGAACAUCCUUCAUCCGGCAUUACACGUGCGGAGAUGUUCGAUGAAGUUUUGAUGAUGAUUCUAGCUGCUUAUGAAAACACAUCAUCCGCUCUAUUGUGGUUCAUAUUCUUCGCAAGUAAAAAUCCUCGAGUGCAACAACGAAUGAAAGACGAACUACAUGAACAUCGUCUUCUGAUGACUGAUGAUCUUACAUGCAUACCACCGCUUACACCAGACAAUUUAGCUUCACUAACCUAUUGUGAAUGUGUCACCAAAGAGGUCUUACGCUUAGCUCCUGUCGCUGAUCUUACAACCCGUAUAGCUACUCGUGACACUAUUGUUGACGAUGUGAAGAUUCAUCGUGGUCAAAUUGUUUUUAUUCCUUUACAUAACAUCCAUACGGAUGCUCGAUAUUGGCAUCAUGCUGAUCCUCGACGAUUUGUACCAGAAAGGUUUUUAGGUGAAGAUAAAAAUCACGAUCCAUUGGCGAUGAUCCCGUUUGGUGGUGGACAUCGAGCAUGUUUUGGACAAGAAUUAGCUUGGUUAGAAUUGAAAACGGUCAUCGUUCGAAUAAUGCAACGUGGUAUCACACUCGAAGAUGCAUCGGAGCAUACCGGCAGUUAUGAUGAACGUAUCACCGUCAUUCCAAACAACUUUGCAGUGCGUGUACGCAUUGAUUGA